AUGGCAACUGCGCCAAACGAGGGGGCUCAGCCCUCAAAUAAUUUACGGUCUUUCCUUACUGUACCUCCUACUAUUAAGCGCCUCUUUGACAAGUUCCCUUUGACCACCUACCCUGCAAACGAUCUUCCGCAACGUUCUCCGUCCCGGCGACACGAUAACCAAUUGUUCGUCUUCAGCGAUCCCACGAAUGCGCGUCGAGGUCGCCCUUCAUACAAUCCGCAAUGUCUUAAAUGGCAGGCGUAUCUGAAAUUCGUCGGCAUUGACUUUGAAAUCACUCCUUCCAAUAACCAUGCAUCGCCAACCGGCGCCUUGCCCUUUCUCCUCCCAGCUGUUCCUGCCUCUGGUGCCUCGAAUGCCAUUCCCUCCCAUAAGCUCCAAAAAUGGGCCAUUGAACAGGUCCAUUGUGAGGAAGAACAGCAACUACAUCUCCGUUUCGAGGUUUAUGCCUCUUUGAUUGACAGCCGGAUACGCAAUGCCUGGCUUUAUAUGCUAUACCUGGAUAGCGAGAACUUCGACGCUGUCGCCCGCCGACUCUAUGUUGUUCCCUCCACCACAAAUUCACUUGUCCGCGCAGCUUUGGGACUCGAUCUUCAGAAGGCUGCACGCGAUGAGCUUCUGAAGACAUCAAACUAUAUUGAUGUCCCAGAUCUGGAGGCUAACGCCGGGGACGCGUUUGCAGCGCUGUCUGCCUUGCUGGGCGAGGACGACCACUUCUUCGGACGGCCAGAUCCCGGCCUCUUCGAUGCUAGUGUAUUCGCCUACACCCAUCUUAUCCUGGACGAAGGAAUGGGAUGGAAGCAGAACCGACUCGCACAGCUCCUUCGGGAAAACAUCAAUCUUGUACAACACCGGGAAAGACUCUUGCGAUUUUUCUAG